AUGGGUAUAUCUACAGAAGAUAAUAAUAAUAAUAAUAUUAAUAAUAAUAAUAAUGGUAAUAAUAAUAACAAUAAAAAUAAUGAUGAAUCAUUAAAUAGUAUCAGAGUAGAAAUUAAAAAUGAUGAAUCAGCAACAAAAAAACAAGAUGUUCAACUUACAGAGUCAUCACAAACAACUGAGCAACCAACUGCUGAUUCAACCACACCAGAGCCAUCAGAUUCAUCGACACCAAAUCUAACAGGUUCAGCCGCAUCACCACUUUCAAAAUCUCAACAAAAAGAUUUAAAUGAAUCACAAACUACAAGAGAUUUAUCCCUAUCAAACCAAUUUUCAAACACCUUAACAGAUUCACAAACAGCCGAUACACAUACAAUAUCAUCUGUACCAAAUUCACCAUUAGCAGAAGAUUCACCAGAGUUAACACAAUCGAUAGAUUUAAAUCAAAGACAAGAAAUUUCACCACCAUCUAUUUCACCAGAUAGACCACAUUCACCAAUAUCAUUAGAUGAUGGUGUUAAUAAUAAUAACAAUAAUAACAAUAAUGAUGAACAAAAUACGAGCACAGAAAGUUUAAAUUCAUUAGUGAAACCACCUCAAAAUCCAAGAAUUCAAUUAAUAAAUAAUGGUGGAUCAUCUAAUAAAUCAAGCUCAAGUUUAGAAGCACAUAAAUAUAGAAAUUUUUUUGGAAAUAAAUUACAAACCCCAAGUGUUAAAGAUGAUCCAUUGGCAGAUGAUAUGAUACAUUUACCAAAAGAUGAUUUACAAUUUACAAGAUCAGAACUUUAUCAUAGAGUUAUAUCAACUGGUAUGUCCUUACCACCAGGUGUCCCAACAGUGUUUUUCAAUCCCUUAGAAUAUAACCAACAUAUUAAAACAUCAAUAGACACAUUUAAUGCCCCAAGAAAAACCAUUACAAGAAACUAUGAAAAAUUCAAAAAAGAUCAAGAUCGUCUUAGUCUUAUUAACCCAGAAAUGAUAGAAAGAUAUGAGUGUGAUUUGGUUUAUGAAAGGGAAUUGGCCCAAUCAAAAUUGUCUCAAUCACAAUCAACACCUCCACCAUCAAUUCAUUCAUCAAGAAAUAGCGGCGGUAUAUUGGAUGAAAGGGAUAUACCUCAAUUAUGGGUAGAGUCUGGUGAUGACCUUCACUUUGAAUAUCAAGCACCAAUAACAUCAAAUACCGACGAAGAAAACUCUGAAUCUCGAAAAAAGCAGCGUUUAGCUUUAUUUAAAUAUUUUAAACCAGACUACAACUGGGGCUCAGGUACAGAGGUAUCUUUAUGCUCAAGAACUCCAGUAGAGCCAUGGAAAAAGCCAUCCUCAACCAGUGUUUUGAUAGAGUUUAAAGGAUUGGUAUUUUUAUUGGGCGAACAUGAACCAUUCUAUUGUCAAAUGUUUUUAUAUGAUUCAGUCAAUAAGACCAGACUAUCAGAAGUAUACCAUUUUGAUUUCAAUUCUGAACGUUUAAAACAAAUUAUAGAUAACAAAGAAAGCGAAGAUACACCAGAUUAUUUAACUCAGUGUAAACAUGUAUUAGUAUCAUUACCACACAAACAAACAAAAGAUGUUUGGAUCGUAGUUAGAGUAAAUAAAAUUAUGCAAGGCGAACCAGAUCUCAUCAAGGAACCAUACACCAGAUUAGAUGAAAAAGAAACAUCAAAAUCAAGAGUUAAAGUCUCAACAACUAUUCAAGAUAUAGGUAAACGUUUAGGAAGAUUCCAUCAAUCAUUCUCCAUUACCGCCCUUCCAUUAACAAAUGAAAAUGGUAGUGUCAAAGUUGGUAGCCAUGAAUGCGAUCUUUAUAGACAAGUACCUAAAGAUUUAUCCGAUCUUCAAGACUUAAUCUCUGAUCUUAGAGAUUCUUCGAAAAAAAAGAAAUUAAAAACUUUAUUAGGUGCCUUUACUUGUAUAAUACAUAAAACCGAAGGUGAUUUACCACCUUAUGGUCAACGUCUAGAUCCAUCUUAUAAUUUUAUUAAAGCUUCAGAACCAUAUAAUCAUCCUUCACCAAUUGAUUCAAACAAAUCUUACAAUAAUGUACCAACAAAUUUAAAUAACAAUAAUAAUAAUUCACCAUCAACUACCUCAACCACCACAACCACCACAACCACUACGACUACAACCACUACUUCAGAUUUACUAUUACAAAAAUUAAAUGAAUCACCAACUAUCACAGUUACACCAGAUGGCACACCUCCACUAAAAUCAGUCCAAUCAGCAGCUUCAAUUUUAUCAUUAUCAUCAAAUGAUGCAUUUACACCCCCAUCACCAUCAUUAAAUGGUUUAGAGGAUUCACCAGCACUCUCACCAAGAAGACAAUUACAACAUUCAAGCUCUUAUUCAAAUAGUAUCAAACGUAAUCAAACUUUAAUAUCUUUAGCUCCAGUCAUUCCAGCAAUUCGUGAAGUUCAAUGUUUUUCCAAAUUUCCAGAAUUAAUCCCACAUAAUCAAUUAUUUAAUAAUUUAUAUAUUUACCCAGAUACUGCAAAUUUAAAUAAAGCCCAUGGUAGAAAUAUUACAAUCAAAAUCGAAAUUCGUGAAGAUGAUAUCUUGUCAAAUCCACCACUCAAAUUUAUUUAUGGUAAAAGCUCAGGUCAAAGAUUCACUAAUGUUUUCUACACUGAAACUCAUUACCACACUAAAAACCCCCUAUUUAUUGAUGAAAUUAAAAUUAAAUUACCCCCAAUUUUACCUCCAAAGCUACACAUAUUAUUCACAUUUUAUCAUGUAGUUUGCAAAGUUGGUAAAAGAGAUGAAUCAUCAGAUAAUAUAAUUGGUUUUUCAACUUUUCCUUUAUAUAGAGAAAAGAAAUUUGUAGACAAUGGUCAGCAGGGUCUUCAAUUAGCAGUAGGUCAUCCAAAAGAUAAAUAUUUAAUGAAGUUUAGUGAGGAUUAUACAUUAUUAGAAAAUGGUAAAACUAUAUUCAAAUUUGAUCUUAAAUUACUCUCAAGUAUCUACCCACAAAAUACCCAUAUCAACAGAUUCUUAUUAUACUCAAAGGAUGAUUUACUCAGUGACAAGGAUUUAACUCAAAUUUUAAACCAGUUCAUAUUAUUUGAUCCAUUAGAAUCGAUAAAGUUCUUCCCAGUUAUUAUGAACCAUCUUUUAUUUGUAAUUUGCAAUAGGGAAUCAACAGUUGGUAGUACCGCCAUUAAAGCAUUGCUUAUUUUGCUUACUAAAAUUCAAAAUAUACUAGAAGAUUCAAAUAUACGUGUACCAUUUUUAUCAUCAUAUAUCAACCAUUAUUUCGACAAUCCACAGGAUACUAAAAUUCCAGUCCAUACUGCAUUAUGCCAAAGAUUAGUUUUGUUCUUAAUGAGAAAAAGGUCAAACGAUUUUGCAGAUAUUUCAAAUUCAUCAAUAUUUUCAUUUUCAUGGUUUAUUUACGAUUUAAUUGUUAAAAGUAUUGGAUUAUAUAAACUCGAUGGCAAGACACCAAUAAAAGAUGGAGCAACAUCACCAUCAGCACCCUUCUUUGAAAUCCACGACCCAGAAUUUAUUAAAUUUAUUCCAAAGUUGGUGUCAUUUGGUCUUUCUCAUAUUUUAGGUGCAGUUUCUCAAAAUAAUGAUUGUAGAUUAGCAUCAGAUGCCAACAACAAUUUAGCACUAUUUAUUAGAGAUUUAUUUUCAGUAUUCGACAGAGGCGUAGUUGUUGACCUUUUAUUCACCUUUUUAAAUGACAUGAACCAAGGUAUUUCAAAAGAUAUAUUAAACGCAACAACAUUUUUAUUUUAUAAGUUCCAUUUCCUCAAAAUUAUUUGCGAUUAUGAACAUUACAUCAACUUGAAUGUACCAACUUUAUAUUCAAUUACAAAUAUUCAAAGCUUAUCAAAUAAAAUCAAAAAUUCUCACCCAAUUUCAGGUAUUUUAAUUAGAGAGGUUUUGGAUAUUAUUUUCCAAGGUAAUCAUUCUGCAGAGGUCAGAAAUAUAGCUUUUUCUACACUUAAUACAAUUUUAACCAAGCACGACUAUGACCAACGUUAUCAAUCUCAAGCAAAAAAAGAAAGAAUUGCUUCUAUUUAUUUCCCAUUGGUUUUGGAAUUAAUUGACCAUCAAGAUAGAUUUAACAGUUGGUUUAGUGCAAAUGUUUCAGAUAUCUCUGAGAAACGUUUGUUUAUUUCUUGUGUACUAUUUGUUUUGAAAAAUCUUUCAAAGCAACUAUUAAAACAAUGGUUCAACAAAGAGGUUCCACAAAGAUUAAAUAUCCUCUUUGAGAUUUUAGCUCAGUUUGCAACCGCUUUUGAAUACCAACAAAUUAAAGACCAGUCAAGCGGUCCAGAAAUUUUAACUAGCCCAGCUUUAAUCAAUUCAAGUUCUAAUGGCAGCUCAUCAGUUUUACCAAUUUCAUCAUCUGGUAAAUUAUCUAAAGAUUUAUUAAUGAGAAAGGGUACCACUUCGCUAUCACCACAAAAAUUCGAUUCGCAAUUAAAUCUAGUCAGAAGCAGCUCAAGCGCUGUAUUUAUGAAGGACCAAAAUUCACCAUCAUCAAUUGGCCAAUCUUCUUCGUCACUUUUAAAGCAACAAUUACAACAACAAGCCCAACAAGCUGCUGCACAACAAACACAAACUCAGCCAUUAUCACCAUCAUCAUCGCUACAACCUCAACCAAUUUCCAUCUCCUCCUCAUUUAGUAAUGAUUUAUUAACUGCUUUUGCCAAUGCUCCAAUCAAAGAGGCCAGUAAUUCACCAUACUUUUCACCUGGUUUAUCAACACAAUAUUUAGGUGUUCCACCUCCACCACCUCCACCACAAACAUCAAAUGAAUCUUCAUCCACAGGUAGUCGUAGUAAUAGAUCAUCAUUUAAUGGUAGUAUCGGUAUUCCUAUGAUGAACGGCUCUACUGGUAUGGCUCCACCCUAUACCAAGAAGACUGUACCACCCAAUGAACCAGUUUUAACAGCUGAAGCCAAUUUGAUAAUUUUAGAUUUUGUCGAAGAUUUUAUAAAAUACCAAUACCCAAUUCUUAAGGAAAUUAACUCCCCAGUAUUUGAAAAGCUCUUCCAAUUGAUUAUUACCUUGUUAUCCAAAAAGCAAUCACAUCGUGUUACCCAUUGUCUUUUCGCCUCACUCCGUUCAUUUGUACACAAAUUCAGAAAGCAUUUCUUUAAAGACAACUCAAAUAACUAUUGUAAUCUUUUAUGCUCUGAAAUUUUACGUUAUUGCAAUUUCCCAUCAAAAGAAAUCAGAGCAGUCUCAACAAGCUUCUUUUAUUCAAUGAUUAAACUUAAUAAUCAUAUGGUUGGUAACUUUGGUCGUAUGAAAAUUCAAGCUACUAUUGCCUUAUCAAAUUUAGCAAGUUCAGGUGUUUUCAAGAAUGAUUUUAAAAAUUUAGAGCGUUCAUUCUAUACUCUUUCAAAAUAUUCAUCUACCGAUAUCGCCAGAGUUGAAUCUGAUAGCUCUAUAAUUUCACAAGAGUUACUUGAAACUCUUUCUACCAGAGAAGAGAUAUUCAACGUCAAGAAAUUAUUUAGCGAUAAUAUUCAAAAGAUGAGCCUUAAGCUCUCAAAGAUUAUCCGUGAUACAGUUAGAGUUAAUUUAUUAAAAGCAAACUCUGACCCAGAAACUAUUCACGAGCUUUUCUCUGAGAUUGCCGCAGGUUAUUCAGAUACUCCACUUAUUAGAGCCAAGUGGUUAAAUCUUUUAUCAGUCAAACAUGUUGAGGAAGAAAAUUAUUUCGAAGCAGCAGUAUGUAAACUUAGAAUUGCACUAUUAAUCAUUAGUCACUUAGAGCAAACUCAAAAACUUCCAUGUCCAUUAGAUCUCAGUAUAUUCGAUCAAAUAUGCCCAGGUAUGAAAGAAACAGUCAUUGAAGAAGAUGAAGGUGUUUAUCAAUCAACCAAUUUCUCUGCAGCUGAUCUUAUUUCAAAUGUUUCACUUGCAACCAAUCAAUUGCGUAUGGGUGAAUACUUUGAGUACUCUAUUCUAUUGUACAAACUUUUAAUGCCACUUUAUGAAAAGAGUAGAGAUUUUGUAAAUCUCUCAGAGUGUCACAAACAUAUUACCGACCUUUACAAAGAAAUUAUUAAAGCAAUCGAAAAUAAAUCACGUAUGUUGGGCAGAUACUAUCGUGUUGGUUUCUAUGGUGAUGCAUUCGAAGACUUGGAUGGUCAAGAAUUUAUUUAUAAAGAACCAAAACUUACCCAUCUUUUCGUACUUUCCGAACGUUUGAAGACAUUCUAUCGUGAAAAAUUCCAUCAAGAGGUUGUUGUAUUCCCAGAUAGUGGUAAAAUCGAAAGAUCAUCAUUGGAUCCAACUCGUCUAUACCUUCAAAUCACAUCAUUAAAACCAUACUUUAGCAAUGACUUUGUAGAUUCUAGACCAGAUUACUUUGAAAGACACACACUUUUAAAGAACUUUGUAUUCAUUACUCCAUUCACAUUAAAUGGACGUACUCAAGGCUCAAUCACAGAGCAAUUCCACAGAAAGACUAUUCUUACUAUUGAAAACACUGCUCCAAAUAUGUUAAAAAGAUAUAUGGUCAUCUCAAAGAAAGAAAUUGAAAUUUCACCAAUUGAAAAUAGUAUUGAAACCAUUCAACAACGUAAUAAUUUACUAUCGAUCGAAAUUAAUCAAUCUCCACCAAAUAUUAAAACUCUUCAAGGUGUACUUCAAGGUAGUGUACUAUUACAGGUUAAUGCAGGUGCUUUAGAGAUUUGCAGAGGAUUUUUGGCCAACCAAAUGCGUUCAAAUUGGCCAGCACAUCAUGUCGAUAAAUUGGCACAAGAAUGUUCACGUUUCCUUAAGCUUUGUAAAAUGGCUUUAGAUAUUAAUAAAUAUAGAAUUCAAAUGAAUCAAUACAGUUUCCACCAAGAAUUAGAAUCUGGUUAUAAUAAACUAUCUUUCAAAAUGGAACGUUACAUCAAAGGUGAAAUCGCCAAUGAACAAGAUGAAGAAAUCAUUGACCAAGAUCAACAAGCCGAAACUGUUCAUUCUUCUUAUGGUAUUGAAGAUGAAUCAUCAUUGAUUACUGAUUUAUCCUAUGAUGAUGAUAUCUCUAUAAAAGAAUCCUCUCCAAAUAAUCUUUUAGAUAACUUUUUACCAAACCUUAAAAAGAAAACAAAUGGCCAUUUAACAAUCAAAGAGGAUAAAAGAAUUAAAAGAGGCUCUGCUGAAUUUGAUUAUUCCAUUCAAACACCAAGAUCAAUUGAUAAAAAAUCAAUUAAUAACCAUUAA